UGGUACGUAUAAAUACUGAGAGCAAACAGCAACAGCAUGGGCUUAACCACUUACUUUCAUCUGUAACAGCAAUGUUGCGCUGCUUCUUUUCUAAUCUCUAAUCUCACAGAAUAUUACAGACUAACAAAUGGCGACUGUUUUCUGGAUGUUUCUGAUACUGUAUCCGUUUGUAGUUCAUUCUCAAAGUGGGGAUGAUGGAGAGUCAAUUGACAGUGACUGCUGGUCGUUGAUGAAAAUUCAUCAGACCAAGCUAGUCUGCGUUCUGAAGGAAGAUGACCUCGACAUAUGUGAGAAAUUCGCAAGACUUUGUUCAGACAGCGAUUCUCUUUGUUUCAAUGCAACUAUGGAAAAUAACACAUUCAUUUUUGAGGAUCUGAGUUCUAUGGUUAAUUAUAAACUGCACAUCUACUUAAAAGGAGGACGACAACAAACACAACAGAUUGAUUUGCUGGCAAUAGUAAAUAUUCCAACUCCUGAGAUUGAAAAUGCUAUAUAUAAGCAUGAUGAGGCGAUUAUACAGAUAGGAUAUAAACAUGACUUUGUGAAUGACCCUCAUUUCCAAGUGGAAUUCUGGGGAAACCAUACCAACCAUACCAGCAUAAAGCAAGUGAUAGUGAAAUACCAACAAAUGAGCAUAGGGGGAGACAAACUGGGAGACAGUGGGAUAUACAACGUACGUGUCAGAGCCAAACCUGUGGGGUAUUUCAACGGGCACUGGACCGAGUGGAGCAGGGUGAAGAGCUUCAAAGUGGACCAUUUUGCAGAGAAGCCUGUUCCUUCUGUUCUGUACAUGCUCCUCCUAUCUCCCAUUGUGGUGACUGUGAUCGUGUUUCUGAUUUAUCGAUGGAAGAAAGAGAUACAGACCUGCAUUUUCCCUGAUGUUCCAGGACCAAAGGACACUCUCGCUCAAAUCCAAAGACAAAAGCAUUUACCUGUGAGUUUCAGCCCAGAAAUCUUCAAGGAUUUCAAAAUUUAUCCAGUGGUUUACACUGAAGAGAAGAAGUUCACCCCCGAGUUUGGUGAUGAUCAGAGUGACACCACAGAAUCCUGUGAUGAAGUCAUGGCCUUGAAAUCUUCUCGUCCCACUUCAACGUGUGAAAAGCAGGAUGAUGAUGAGGACCAAAGUCUGGAAUUGGAGACAUCCCAACUAAAGCUGUUAGACGAAAGUGCAUCUGCUGAGGAUGUACACAAUAACCCCGGCUGUAAAAAUGUAAUGGCUCUACAAAGACAUUCAAAGGACGAGACAUAUGUCACGAUGUCGAGCCUCUAUAAAACCCAGUGAGAUGGAGAGAAAUAUAGGUAAACAGGUAAAUCUCUCACGGUUAGCUGCUCAUUUUUUUCAGGCUGCUCUUAUCCUCAUGGAACCAGAAACCAGAUGUCAAAUAAUCAGCAAAUGGCCGAUUGAUGCAAAGAUGGAUAUUAUGCAUGAUUGUCAGGUCUAUGAAACACCUACAAUCUAGCUGACUUCAAGGAACCAUGGUUAGAUUGUGAAGACAAGUAUAUAACUGGUUUAAAUAAUCUACUAUCGCUUGCUGCUACAGUAACUUGAACUCCAAAUGCUUAACAGUGUUGUGGUGUGAUUUCAUUUUCUGUACGUGCCAGAGCCUUUAUACCUACAACAUGAGUCAUCAUAUUAUAGCACCACUGAGUUAUAUGUGGGGGAGAAAAGUUGGCGCAGAUUCUUGUAAGAGAAACACAUCAUCUGUAAAACCACCAGUGCUGGAAGUUUAGCACAUGCAAAAUGUUAAUCCUAGCAACCAAUAAAGAUAGUGACACAUUAGUGUUUCUAUAGAAGCAUUAGCUAUUUUGAAUCAAGCAGCUCACUUAGUUGAAUUAGUUAUCUCUGAUAACAUUGACAUUUUCUUUAUGUAAAAAAUGUAUUUAUCCUUUAACGUAUGUUGCUAUGUCUUGUCUGACGAUUGACAGCAAAUGACUCAAAGGCAUUAUUCUCUGCUAACAUGACCUAAAUGUUCACAUGCAGCUUUUUUAAUUAGCUGACAUAGUAGCAUGCAUAAUGUAGCUUCAAUAAUGUAGUUUCAGUUUGGUUAUGGCACUUUUGUCAUUUAGUUUGCAGUAUUCCUAGCAAGGUUAAGCUAGCAUUUCUUAUUAAGUAUCAUUCUGAUUAACUUUAGAAUUAUCUCUAGUGAUCAUCUUUUUUUUUUUUUUUUUUUUUUUUACAUUUUUUAAGUAAAUCCUAAAAAAAAAGUCAAAACAUGAAAUGUUUCUUUUUUCUUUUGGGGGAAACCCAGAUGCCAUUUUAAAGCCUGAUCCAUUACUCUGCUCAGUUGGCUCUAAAUGUAGGAAGUAAAACCACAGAGAAUGUAUUGUGCAAUCUUGUUUUUUUUGUUUCAACCUCUGCCAAAUUCUAUCUUCAAGUGGUGUUUUAUCCUCCAGAUUACAUAUGUAUUGUAUGUAUUUCUCUUCAACUUUGUGACUCUGUAUUGUAUGUAUGUAACUAUGAAACUACACUGUGCAGCAUCACCUCAGCAACUGUUGAAUUGGCUUUUCCAACAGAAACAUUGGAACGUUAUAAACUUUUCAUAAUUACGAUCUCAGGAUGGUGUUAGUAGCUGUUAGCAUAUUUCGAGUUCAGUCCUUUAAAACAUGAGCCCUUCUAACCAUCAUAGCUGCUAACCUCAGUCACUAUAACAGUAAAGACAUUGACUAUACAGGAUUUCUUCCUUUUAUUUCUUCUACUUUUUGUAUGAUGAGUUCAAUAAGUCAGAGGGGAAUGUUUUCUCACACAACUGCACAGAUGGCAAAGGUUUUAAUAGCAUUACCUUGUUAAGUUCUUUUAUAUAUAUAUAUAUAUAUAGUAAAAUUUGUAAUACAAUUUAAAUUGUAUCCUAAAAUUUUAUCCCCAUUUAUCAAUAUUUCAGUACAUGUUGUGCCAAAAUGCAAUAACAUUUUAUAGUUGAGUUAUAAGGUAAAGGUAAAUGCUUUUCUUUUGUGAGCAUACGUAUAUGUGGAUAUCUGAUCAUAUCCUUGAUAGCUUGAUAAACGAUGCCCACUGUGUCCGGUUGACUGUAAAGAUAAAUAUAUACUCAGAUAUAUUCCAGAUCACUGCUUGUAACCGAGUUACAUCUCUGACAAUCUCUUAAAAGAAAUUCUUUUAUUACCACAAAGCAUUUACACUGUAUAGUACAUUGCAAUAAUCAUUUAUUAAAGAUUUUGCAUAACGGAACAACAUAUGAAAACCUAA